AUGGCCUUCCGGGGUCUCGCCGUGCAGCAGCUGCUGCGCCGAGGCCUCCGGGGGUUUGCUGCUGAUGCACCAACAGCAGCAGCAGCAGCAAGCCAAGGAUGGCAGGUGUGGGUUCAGCACCGCAGCAACAGCAGCAGCAGCAGCAGCAGUAGCAGCAGCGCUUCUGGCGGGCUCCGAGGGGUCGAGGAGGAGCUGCUGCUGCAGCUGCAGCAGCAGAAAAGACUCACAGUGGAAGAGGUGCUGCAGAGCACACAGCGGCUGCUGCAGCGCCAGCACACAUCCUUUGCCCACCCUAGCAGCAGCAGCAGCAACAGCAGCAGCAGCAGCAGCAGCAUAUUGCCCAAUGAGUUUGUGGCCUUUUUAUCAGCAGCAGCAGCAGCAGCAGCAGAGCAGCAGCAGCGUCACGUACUGCUCAGCGACAGCAGAUUUCAGCAGCUGCUGCAGCAGCUACGCAGCAGAUUGAUUGGCUUUGAUGCUCCCCAGCUCUUCAGGCUGCUGCUGUCUCUGGCCCGGCUGCAGCACUGCCCCCCUGAGGUCUUGGAGCGGCUGCUGUACAUCUUGGGGGGCCCCAAGGGGGGCCCCCCAAGGGGCUUAGCGGGGGCCCCCCUGCUGCCGCUGCAGCAGCUGAGUCCGAAGCAGCUGGCGCAGCUGCCGCUGCUGCUGGCCGCAGCCACAGGCAGCUGCGACCCCACACUCUCCCGCAGCUGCAGCGCGCAGCAGCAGCAGCAGCAGCAGCAGCAGCGCCAUUUGCUGCUGCAGCCGCCGGGAAGUGAGCUGCAGGCGUUCCUUCAGGUGUACGUACAGCGCGUCUGCGAGUUGCUGCGGCUGCAGCAAGAAGCUCUGGGGCCAUCUCCGGAGGCAUCUGCAGCAGCAGCUGCAGCAAAGAGCGACGCAGCAGCAGCAGCAGCAGCAGCAGGUUAUUUUGCUGCUGAAGACCUGUGUCUGCUACUGAUAGGAAUGUCUUCUUUAGGCUUCCGCCAUCUGCUGCUAACUGAUCUUGCUGCUGACGCCUUGCGGCUGCAGCUCCUGCUGCAGUUCGGGGGGCCCACAGCACCUGAGGAGCUGCAGCAGCAGCAGCAGCAGCAGCAGCAGCCCGAGGAGAUGGUGCAGCAGCAGCUAAUGUUGCUGCCCCUGCCAUCUGUGCUGCUCAGCCUGGCCACUUUAGGCUCAACAAAUGCAACGGCGAUUACGGAGAUCUCUUACCAGCUGCUGCGAGUGGCUCCGCUGCUGUCAGUCUCUCGGCUGACGGACUGUCUUUUGGCCCUCGCGACUCUCCAGACCAACCCGAGCGCAGUGCCCUCCCUUGCGCUCCUCAGUGAAGUAGAGAAGCAGCUGACCAAAAGGGCAUUUAGCUGCUCCUUGUCGGACGCAGUGACAGCAGCGUUUGCUGCAGUGGCGCUGCAGCUGCACAGGGGGUCGCAGCAGCUGCUGCUCGAGCUGCUGCAGCAGACGGAGCUGCUGCAGCAGCAAGAUGAUUUAGGCGCUGAAGAUGCGUGGGGAGAGCUGCCGCUGCGGCAGCAGCAAAUUGCUCUUGAACUGAGUUUAGACCCCAAGGCGAAGCCGCUUCGUGAGCUACUGCAGCAGAAAGGCCUCGGCCACUUCGCUGCCUUUCCUGCUACUCUUCGCGGCGAGGCGGUGGAGACACAAAAUGAGGGAAGGGAGAAAGUGCUGCUGCAAGAAAUUGAAGAGUUCCUGCAGCAAGAAGACGUCCGGCACCGCCUGCUGCUUAGUGUAGACGCGCUCCUGCAGCAGCAGCAGAAGCCACAGCAGAAGCAGCAGCCGCAGCCAGAGCAGCAGCACCAGCAGCAGCACCAGCAGCCAGAGCAGCAGCAGCAGCAGCAGCAGCAGGAAGACUUUGGGGAGGUGGAAGAAGCGAGCUUGAGGCGAGUUGCGCUGUCUGUACAGCUCAAGGACUUCCCCUGUCUGCGCACCUACCGCGUGGCAUCUCUUUUCGUGUGGCCCUCAGCAGCGGCAGCAGCAGCAGCAGCAGAAGCAGCAGCAGCAGCAGCAGAAGUGCUGCAGCACGAGCAGCAAGGCGGAAGCAGCAGCAGCAACUCGCUUGCUGUUGUUGCAGACUUUUCGACCUUUGCGGAAUUUGAGGGGCCUGCUGAGGUGUACGUACAGCUCAAGUACAGACACCUGCGCCGCGCGGGACAUGCACUGAUAGCAGUGCGCGCGGAGGAGUGGGCGGAAGCAAAUGGAGAAGAAGAGCGUUUGGAGCUGCUGCUGAAGUCUCUGCAGCUGCCCGAACGCAUCUGA